AUGUUUGUCCUUGGCUUUUUCUCCCUCCUGGCCAUCGGUGCCUUGGUGCACCUCGUGCAGCGCUUCCUCCGGCCGCAACUGCGCGCUGUCGACUACAGCUCGAUGCAUGCGCUUGUGACCGGAGGCACCAAGGGUCUCGGUCGAGAGCUGGCCCUCGAGCUGGCCCGGCGCGGGGCGUCGGUGACCGUUGCCGCCCGCGGGGCGGCUGAUGUGGCCGUGUCGCCGGAUCAGCGGUUCUGCGGGGCUUCCUGCGAUGUCACCUCGCCCGAGCAGGUGGCCGCCCUCUUUGCCAAGGCCGAGGCCGAAACCGGCAGCGUGCCGGAUGUGCUGAUCCCUUGUGCCGGCGUGGCUAUCCCGGGCCUCUUUCUGGACAUGGAGCUGAAGGCCUUCAACACCAUGAUGAAUCUCAACUACUUCGGCAUGCUGAAUGUUGUGCACGAAGGUCUCCGUCGGAUCGAUGCCACACCCAGCCGCAAGGGCAAUGUCAUCCUGAUCUCCUCCACGGCGGCGCUCAUUUCCUUUGCCGGCUACUCGGGCUAUGCACCGAGCAAGUUCGCCGUUCGCGCCUUUGCGGAUGCCCUGCGCAAUGAGCUUGCGUGCGACACCAACCGCGCGAUCGAGGUGCACAUGGCCUACCCGCCGAACAUGCAGACCGAGGGCUUCGAGAUCGAGAACCUCACCAAGCCGGAGAUCACCCGGCAAAUUGAGGGCUCGGUGGACGCCAUGCAGCCUUCCACAUGUGCGCGACUCAUCCUCGACGCCGCCCUCCACCGGGGUGAGUACCAGAUCUCCAUGGAUCUGCUCACGUCGCUGGUGCGCAUGUCCGCCAACGGGGUGGUUCCCCGCUCGAAUCCGGUCAUGGAGCUGGUCUUGGCGCCCAUCCUCACGGUGGUCACCGAGAUCGUGGCCCGCUACUUCGACUUCUGUGUCACCAGCCACAGUCGCCGCCACAACACCGCCUCGGCGGCCGAUGCCCCGGGUUUUGGCCAGGCCCCGACGGCCCCAUUGAAGUCUGACUAG